AUGAGGAUCCACCCAGCAGCUCCCGCUGGCGGCAGCGCCAAGAAGGACCUCCGGCGUCUGCCGCACGUGUACAGCAAGGUGCUGGAGCUGCCGCUCCCGGCGGACACCGACGUCGAGGUGUUCGAAGGCCCCGACGCCUUCCACUUCGUCGCGGCGCCAGCCGCCGGUGCGCGUGGCACCGCCGGCGUCGUGCGGGUGCGCACCAUCAGGAUCCACCCCGGGGUCACCAAGGUCGUGGUGCAGGCCGGAGGCGGCGCCGAGGGGGCUGCAGACGCCGGCGACAGCAUGGAGCUCGACAGGUGGCGGUCCCGCCUGCCCGAGCCGAGCUGUCCGGCCAUGGCGGUGGCCGGGUACGUCGACGGCCAGCUCGUUGUCACAGUGCCGAAGGGCCCCGGUGGCGGUGAAGGCGGCGACGGCGGGCAAGGUGAGGUGACCUGGAGGUGCAGCGGCGGAGGCGAGAUUAGUGGAAGACUGGUGGUUGUACAGUAG